AAGGAGAAAAGGUUCUCGUCGCCCGGGGCGAAACGCCCCGCCUCGCCCUCCAACAUCGCGGGACGCCACCGCUCGCCCUCCCCCGCCUCCCUCCCCGCCAGCAAGAGAACCCCCUCCCCCGCUCCCCUCCCCGCCAGCAAGAGAACCCCCUCCCCCAGUGCAGCAAAGUAAGACACCACAUCUCUCGCUCAGAAAAACAAUAUUCAAUAUUUCCUGUGUUUAAUUGUGUACUGUUGAAAUUGCUUAGCUGUGUUGGAUAAUUUAUAAAACCGUCAGAAAUCUUGUCUCCCCUUUACAGGCAAAGCCCCCGUAACCGUCCCCCGUCACCCGGGGGUAUCAAACAUCGCCCCUCAUCCCCUCAGUUUAGCUCAGCCAAGCCCCAGCCCAUCUCGGCCAAACCUCCACCCAUCCAGAGACCGGCCCUUGCCCCCACCGCCCCCCCCACCCUGCGUAAGAGGGACUCCAAGCCAAAGGACCUGUAUCCCGUCCAGCCUGUGGCGCCCCAGUCCCCAGAGGCCCCCCAGACCAGCACAACACCCACCCCUACUCAUACCACCUCCAGUAAGACCAAAGAUAAAGACAAGGACGGUGAGUGAAGAGGACCUCCAACCUCACAUACGUCAACCUCCCUGAGAUCACCUUUCUCUCUGGGCUGAGUUAGCUAUUUCCUUCUGUUAGUACCAGUCAUGACAUAGGGCUAAAAUCUCACUUGCAUAAGGACUUUGCCGCGCUCAGAUUAAGCAGGAAAAAACACCAACGGUCACAUAGUCUUGAGACUCAAUUCCAUCUGAUAAUGAGAGCGAGGGCCUGUACUUUGAGUCCCUGAAGCAGUGGAUUGGAAACCCUGUACUGUAUUAUUCAGUUCCCAUAAAGAGCAUCAGUUUGGCUCAGAUAGAGUAGCCUCUGCUCUGUCCUCUAUCCUGAUGUAUCUAAACGAUCUAUGGCUUAAUUCCUUAGUUUCACCACAGUGUGUUAGUGGGUUCCUCUGCGGUUCAUUAGCAAGUGAAACUGACUUGGGAGCACAGGCAGCAGCAGAAACGUAGUGUGUAGCUAGCUGUAGAUUAUCUGUGGACCAGCACAGCCAUUAACUCCCUCCCAUCUGUAGUUACAUCCUGUUAGCCCUAGAGAUGUCUAGUGCUCCCUGCUGGUGAGAGUCCUGUACUACUAGUGUAGAACUCAUUAGGAGAUGGUUAAUGGAUAGUGUGUGUGCUGCAGGGACUCAAUGCUAUCAAUAGGACUCGGUCUGCAGUAGGAGACACAGAGAGCUCUUUAUGACCAGCAGCCACAGAGACUGUCAUUUGAAAUCGUUUCCCACACUUUGUUUCUCUCUUGCUCCCUUCUUUCUCUCUAUAUUUUUCAUUGAUCUCCCUCUCUCAACCUAUAGUUCUCAUUCUCCUCUCAAUGUGCUCUAUAGUAGUUGAGUUGUAUAUGGAGUGUUUGGUGCUAUCCUGUAUCUUUGUUGGCUAUGCCUUGAAACUUGGUUAUUAUGUCUUAACUUAGGUAUUUAGUGAACCAAUAUAUUAGCUUAGAUUGGUCAAACUAAACUCCUGAGUGUCUCCUCUCUGGCUCUCAGACAAGUCCAUGGCAGGCACCAACUCAGCUGCAGAGGCUGCCAUGAUCCUGGCCGAGAACCGUCGUCUGGCGAGGGAGAAGAAGGAGAGAGAGGAGGCACUCCGAGUACUACGGGAGGAGGAGGAGAAGUGAGGAACCAGACGAUGCUACUAUAAUCUCUCUCUCUCUCUCUGUGGGGUGAAAUUGACCGACCUUAUCUUGUUAUCUACAGGCUGAGGAAGGAGGAGGAGAAACGCUUGGCCGAGGAGGCUCGAUUGAAACGCCUGGAGGAGGAGAAGAGGCUGGCGGAGGAGAGGAAGAAGAAAGAGGAAGAGGACGCUCUUAUGGCGGAGGAAGACAGAGAAAGACUGGAGGUAGAGGAGGCCGUGAGACAGGCUGAGCUACAGAAAGAGGUACAGACAAAUACAUUUUUACAGUCUUGUGUUGAUGGUCUAAUUGAUUGGUUGCUUGUGUGAUUGACAACCUGUUUGUCCAAUUGCAGCGUGAAGAGGCGGAGGCACAGGCUGCAAUUGAGGCAGAGAAGGUCCGCAUUGAGAGAGAGAGGGUCAUGGCCCAGAACCAACAGGAACGCAUGGAGAGGAAGAAGGUGGGUGAAGAAUCACCAUUUCAGCUUAUCAUACACACUGCAUGUUCUCAGUAACAUGUUCAUCAUACACAUUCAGUGUGCACACUCAGUGAAAAUACCCCCUACAUCCACUCCCUAUAUACCAACACUUGAAUUUUUAAAGCAGUCCAAUCAAAUCGACCAUGUCAUUAACUUGUACUACAUUGAGUUUGUCUGCAGGGUGUAAUUUGCCAGCAAUUAUUGACAUGAACCUUCCUGUCGCUCUUUAACUUGUAGCGAAUUGAGGAGAUCAUGAAGAGAACCAGAAAAGGGGACCAAGAAAAAGUGAGUUCACAUUUCUCAAGAAAUCCCAUGGCAACAGGGAUUUCUCCAAUACUUAGUCAGUCACCUUAGAUAAGAACACCCAGUAGUCCUUGCACAUACUUGUUGAUAGAUAUUUUACCUUGUACAUAUUUUGACCUGUGUCCUGUGUAGAGAGAUUAUGAUGAGAAAGACAUGCAGGAUGAGGAGGGAGACGAGGAGGGUGACGAAGAAGAAACCAAGGGUAAUUGUCCACCAUCCGUGUGUGUACACUGUGUGAAUGGCCUGUCUGUUUGCACGGACACCACUCCCUCUGUGUGCGUGUGCAAAUUGAGUCAUCUGCCAUCUGCUUGUUUGUCUCCGCAGACGACGAGUCAGCCCAGACCGGAGAUGUCGCCAUGGAGAUGGACGGCAUGGACGAGGAGGGGCGUGGCCUGACCCGCAGCGAGCCAAUGGGAGAGCGUAGGGAGCCGCUGGGCAGCGUGAACUGGAAGCCAGAGGCGGACGACAAGGAGAACAACAACGGAACCAGCGCUGAGGAGCCCCUGGCUGUUAGGUAUGGCACAACCACACACACUCCCAAAUACUUGAAGCACAAUGUCAUUGAUAUAGGACUAUUUUGGCUAUAGGCGUCUCUCAUUCACUUACUCAUUCAAUGCCUUCCUUAUACUCUGACUGGCUCUCUCUCUCCAGUCCAGUGCCUAAGGGUCGUCUGGUAGAAGGCUCAGAGUUCCUGAAUGAGGACUCUAACAAGCUGGCCCCGGGGCUCAACGGUAAGCCUGGCCCCUGGAGCUUCGAGGAGCUCAUUGACCUGGGCGUCAACUCCAAGGGCCGGCCCCUCAUCGAUGCAGAGGGCCGCAACCAGGGCCUCAUCGACUGUGACGGGGGACCCGAGGGGCCCAGGGUGGCCUUCGAGGACAAGGGCACCCCCGUGGCCACCCUCCACCCCUCCUGCCAGCCUAUCGAAGCCCUGUCAGGUGAGAGAAAAGUACUUUGGCAACUAAACUGUUGUAUAGUUGAUUUACUGUUACUGUACUGCACAUGUUGUAUAGAAAAGUAAAUAGCUUUGUGUAUAUCCUAUAGUCAGUUACACAUUUGUUCUCUCUUUCCCCCUCUUUCUCUCUCUGUAGAGAUGUGA